AUGGCCCGAAUCACCGCCUGCGUUCUCCGAAUCGUAUGGACGAAUCGCCUCACCAACGCGCAGAUCGCAAUCGCCGCGCAGGUCUUCAUCGCCGCCGGUGUUAUCCUCCUUUUUAUCCUUAACCUCCUCUACACACAGCGCAUCUUCCGCGCCACCCAUCCGCGGAUAGGCUGGUCACGAGCUUUCUCCUAUGCCUUCAAGGCUCUUUAUGUCCUGAUCGUCUUGACCCUCAUCAUGGUUAUCACUGCCGCGGUCCAAAGCUUUUACACCCUAGACAAGGACAUUCGAUUGAUUGACCGCAAUCUCCGGUGGUGGGGCAUGUCCUAUUUCACCUUCUUCUCUUUCCUCCCAAUCCCAUUGCUCGCCUUCAUCGUGCUAGCCCCGCGCCACGAACCAACCGAGCAGUUCGGACAAGGGAGUCUCAGGGCAAAAAUUCUCGUUGCUGGUACCGCCUCCGUGUUGCUCUGCCUCGGGGCGUCAUUUCGUGCUGGAACGUCCUUCAUGCCUCCACGCAUGGCGAACAACCCAGCGUGGUAUCACCACAAGGCGUGCUUUUACAUCUUCAAUUUCGGUAUCGAAGCGACGGUGGUGUUUCUCUAUUUCUUUUCGCGGGUGGAUUUGAGAUUCCACGUUCCCAACGGCAGCUCGAAGGUGCGAACUUACACGGUCAAAAAUACCAAUCAUAACGAAAAGGAUGACAGCUCGGCUAUAAAUGAUACUGAAGCUGCAGUGUCUGCCGAGCACGCUUCCUGA